AUGUUCUAUUUGCGAUUUCAAUUUUUCUACAACUUGAUGAAAGCCUUCAUUUUUCUUUCGACAGGCAUAAUUUUAACUCGACUAGGACCUGCAGUCCUGGCCUCGGGCAGUGAAUAUCGACUGACCUCUUGGCUCAGCCAUCAGGAAGACUUGCACAGGAUAGUUCUUUAUGUUUGUGACCCUUACCGUGGUUCGGCUUGGAAUCAUCGCUGUAUCCGUCAGGCUGACUGUGUGCUUGUCCUUGCCCUUGCUACUACAGGAAACCCUGAUCGGCCUACUGGUCUCGAGACUGCACUUAAUAACGAUCCAACCAAGGCGAGUCUUUCUGGAGUCUUGACCAUUCAAUGUAUCCAUUAUCUUGUCUGA